AUGGCUACAGUACGUGAGUUUGCACCUGACUUAGAAGAACAAGUGGAACGAGUAGUUACACACACGAAUACUCAAAAUGUCACCUUCUUAUCAGACCUUUCAAGAAAAGAUAAUCAGACGCAGUCUUUUUUGGCAAAUAAUAUUUCCAGUUUACCAGAUUGUCUAAAAUGCAAGCAAAAUGUAAAGCCUGAGCCAAAAAUUAAAAUUUUAUCCAAUGUAAAGGUCAAUUUCGAAGAAUUGCUACUCGACAAAAUAAAACAGGAUAAGAAGGAUAUUAAUUAUCAAACAAAGAAAACACGUGUUGCUAAAGGAGCUGAAAUAAUAACUUCUAAACAAUUAGAAGACUUGGAAAAGCAAAGUAACGAAACAGCGUUACAAAAAGCUAAGCCGAAAAAAAGGAAGUCAAUAAAAGAUAUAGAUUUCGCAGAUGUGGGACCUUCAGGUAUAAAAAAAGUGAGUAAACAGAAAAAACAGGACAUUGAUCAAUAUUAUAACGAUGAAACACUCAGAGAAGAAAAUUGGCCAGAUGAUUUAAAUUUUGAGAUGGAUACUUUAAAUUCUUUGGAAACAUAUGAGAAUAAAGAAAUUUCAAAUGAAGUUAAAGAAUGCGAAAAUGGAAAUCCUCAUACCAAAACUAAAAAUAAAAGUGUGGGUAAAAAGAGUAAAGCAAAAGAAAAUAACCAAGGCUCAAAAGAAACUAAUAAGAGUGAUGAUGACUCUAGUGUAGUAGGUAAUAUUAACAAAAAUUUAACAAAUACCACAGAAAUUGAAACACUACAAGAAAAUUACUGCAUAAAUGAUUCCGUGUUAGUCAGAUAUUACGUUAGAAAGACAUGGAAAUACUAUAUUGGAUUUAUAAAAGGAAUAAAAGAAAAAGACGGAAAUAGAUUAUAUUGUAUCGCUUAUUUAAAAACUAUGAAAGCACCCCAACUUUGUUUCAGAGAAACUAAAAAAUUAGAUUAUGAUGAAAUUACAAAUAUAUCUAUAGUAAAGAAAAUAAAUUUGCACAGAAUGAAUGAUAAAAUGUAUAGAUUGGUUAAUGAGAGCGACAACAUAUAUUUUUAA